GGACAAUGGAGGGAGAGAGAGCCGGGGACCGUGGUGGCAUUUUCCAUCUCUGCCGCUGUCUCCUGGGGGGACCAACUAUGUGCCGUGAAACGUUUGAAUUAUGCCAGAAUCUCUGGAAUUCAGACAGAGGCACCGCGGAGAGGACCCUCGACCGGGGAUCAAAGAGCUUUGAGAGGAGUGCGGUGGACUGGUGGUGAAGCCGAGUACAUAGGGGAGCAUGAGUGUGUGUGUAUGUGUGUGCGUACUUAUGUGCUUUAGAAAACUGACUUGAAAAAGAUAAAGACAAUGUUUGAGUUUGAAUCAUAUUUUCUUUUAUGGCUACAUGUCUAAAGUCGUUUUCAAAAAACAUGUUUGACUUCUGAGGAGGCAGUGAUUAUUGAGCAAUGAAAUACAGGCAUGUGGUGACAGUGUGUGUGUGUGUGUGUGUGUGUGUGUGUGUGUGUGUGUGUGUUGCUAUCCUUUUAUCCCUCAUGGGAUCAGAUAAUGCAAUCAUAGCCAAUCAUUGGGAGUCUAAUACAGCGGGCGCCCCUCUUCAGUUUGGAGACGCCACUUUCUUCUGUGGUGACGGAGGAAGAGGAAGAGAAAAUUGUCAUGGGCCCUUGGGGGUCGAUCAAGUGGCACCCCUAACUCACAGAGGGAAGGACAGAAGACACAUGAAGAAACGACAACAUCAACAACAAAAAAAACAAACUCAAGUGACAAGAAGUAACUAAGGACAACAAAGCUUUUAUAAGUAACAGCAUACGCAGUGUGAGGGGCACGCAGGGUGAGCAGAAGGGGAGACAGUCUUUAGUCUGGUGCCUCCACACAGCAGAGAGCAGCUGACAAGAUCACCCAGAUCCUUCAGUCCAUCAUCCAUCCGUCCGUCCGUCCGUCCGUCCGUCUGUCCACCCAGUGAGAAAGGGACAGAGACAUGAAGAGACCUCACGACUACAGCUCCCCAGACUCGGACACAGACGAGUUUAUCGACGUGGGACAGGAAGACAGCUACUGCCCAGUCACCGGGUCCAUGUCUCCUGGCAGCGCCUCACAGAUUCUGGCCCGAAAGAAGAGAAGAGGGAUCAUAGAGAAGAGGCGCAGAGACCGCAUCAACCACAGCCUGUCAGAGCUCCGGAGACUUGUGCCCAGUGCCUUUGAGAAACAGGGUUCAUCUAAGCUGGAGAAAGCAGAGAUUCUGCAGAUGACGGUGGACCACCUCAAACUGCUGCAUGCCAUGGGAGGAAAAGGAUACUUUGAUGCGAGGGCCCUGGCAGUCGACUACAGGACCCUGGGUUUUAGGGAGUGUGUUGGGGAGGUGGUGCGAUACCUCAGUUCCCUUGAGGGCGAGUCCCCGGACCCUAUAGGAGCCCGCCUGGUCUCCCACCUCUCCCACUGUGCAAGUGAGCUAGACCCUCUCCUCUUACAGACGCCCCCAGCCUCUGCCCUGCCCUUCCCUCCUUGGCCGUGGGCGUCCUUCCCUCAGAUCUCCCCCACCUCGCCGGCCUCCUCCUCACCUCCUUUCACCAAUGGGCGAAGAGAUCUUGCUCUGCUGGGCAGCUACCCAUCGGCCGCCUCCCUUCGCCUCGCCCCCCUGGCUGGCUGCCAGCAGGGUGUGCCACCGCUCCUCGCGCCUACAGCUCUGGCCACCGUCCACAGGAUGCCCGCCCUCGCAGCGUCCCCUGUCCUAGCCCCCUCCAGACCGACCCAGCCGUCCCCUCACUGCGCCACCAGGGCCUCGCCUCUUCCUAUCCCCACCCCUUCCUCUUCCUCUCCUUCCACCUCCUCCUCCUCUACUUCAUCAUCUUCUGCUCCACCACAAAUCUCUUUCAGGCCCUUUGCACCUCUGGGGUCUCCCACAGCCCAGCGCAGGGGCUUCAGCGGAUCAGCUAAGGCGGCCCAGGGAUGGGCGACUGAGAUCGGAGCUUUCUGAGGCUCAACUCUGGUUUUGUUUUCCAAAUGAACUCUGUACAGUGGACAUGGAGCUCCCAUGUGCACCAUGUAGCAAAUAUGAUCCCUUUGGAGAAAGAAGUAUUGGACCUUUGAUGACUGUGUCCACCUUUAAGGGACUCUAAAAGCCAUAUCAGACUAUGGGUGAAGUUUUAGAUAAACACAAACAAUCAUAUAUGAUAAAAGAAUGGAGGAAUGUGAAGAAAUAGAUUUGAAUAAAUUUAUGUUCAUGAUCUUGCUUGAGAAACACACACAUAGAAGAGUGUCCAACAGAGCCAUAUACAUAUAUAUAUUAUAUAAUGCUCAACAGGGUGAUGUUGAGUUUUCACUGAUCUUUUAACUGUGAUAUUUGUUUGUUUUUUUCGAAAACAUUUAUACAUUUGAUUACCUUUUCCAACUCUGAAGAAUGUUUGACAAAAAUCUCUAUAAAGACUAAGUGCCUUUACCUCUG